CCGCUGGCUUCGCGCUGGGAACUUGGGGUGCUCGCUGAAAUUCUGGAUUAUGUUCCUGCUGAGCCGGUCUGCGGGGAGCUGAGCCAGGGGAGGAAGCAUGCGGGGCUAUUUAAUGGUUUUCUGCCUUAUUUGCUGCACCGUGGACGGGCAAAUAGUGUAUUCCAUCGCCGAGGAAACAGAGCGUGGAGCGUCUGUCGGGAACAUAGCAAAGGAUUUAGGAAUAGAUGCAGCUACACUUUCAGCUCGGAAAUUUCGCAUGAUCACCGGUUCAAGUAAGCAAUAUUUUAAUAUAAAUGCCAGCACAGGGGCUUUGUCUGUUAACGAGCCCAUAGACAGAGAGCAGCUUUGUGAAUUAAAGUCUGUCUGUCUUCUGAAUUAUGAACUCGUGUUAGAAAACCCUCUAGAGCUUUAUAGGAUGGAAUUCAAAGUCUUGGACAUAAAUGACAACUCCCCCAGCUUUCCCUUAAGUGAAUAUCAUAUAAACAUGCCUGAGUUCCUGUCACCUGGGGCACGGUUUGCACUCCCCAGUGCCCAAGAUCCUGAUGAAGGUGCUAACAGUGUCCAGAAUUAUACUCUGAGCCCCGAUGAACAUUUCUAUUUGGAAAUGCAGAUACGUGGGGAUGGGAGUAAAUAUCCUGAAUUGGUGCUGAAGAAAGCCUUAGACAGGGAGCAGCAAGCCACUCACAGACUUGUGCUUACAGCCAAAGAUGGUGGGAAUCCUCCAAAGUCUGGUGAUGUCCCGGUCAUUGUGACUGUGCUGGAUACCAAUGACAAUGCACCAGAAUUUGAGCACUCGGUCUACAGGGCGAGUAUCUUGGAAAACUCCCCCAGUGGCACUUUGGUAGUCCAAGUGCACGCCACAGACUUGGAUGAAGGUCCAAAUGGAGAGGUCAGGUAUUCCUUUAGCAAUACAACUUCUGCUGACUUACAGCGAAUGUUCUCAGUUCACCCACACACCGGGGAGGUGACAGUCAAUGGUGUUUUAGCUGUUCAGAGACCCCUUCUCGAGAUGCUCAUUGAGGCAAGAGAUAAUGGGGCAUUUGGCAUGUCCAGCACAGCUAAGCUGCUGGUGGAAAUCACAGAUGUGAACAAUCAUGGCCCAGAGAUUACAAUUACAUCCCUUUCCAGUCCCAUUCCUGAGGAUGCUGUUCCUGGCACGGUGAUAGCCCUGCUGAGUAUUUUGGAUAAGGACCCUGGGGAGAAUGGGAAAGUAACCUGCCAGAUCUCUGAAAACCUUCCCUUCCAGUUAAAGCCUUCCCUUCAAAACUACUACAGCCUUGUCACCAGUGAGCUUCUGGACCGAGAGCUGAUCAGUGAGUACAACAUCACCAUUACUGCCACAGACUUGGGUUCUCCUCCUCUCACCACUCAGAAGACUGUAUGGGUGCAGAUUUCUGACGUGAAUGAUAACGCCCCUGUCUUCAGUGCUGACGCAUACGAUGUGUUUGUGGAGGAGAACAAUCCACUUGGUGCUUUUCUCUACCAGGUCUCGGCAUCUGACCCUGAUACAGGGGAGAAUGGACGGGUCUCUUACACGCUCAGGAAUUCCACAGUUGCAGGCAGUGCCCUGACCAGCUUUUUGUCUAUGAACUUGGCCAAUGGGAGCAUCUAUGCAAAACGUGCCUUUGAUUUUGAGCAGCUUAGGAGCUUCCAUUUCCAAGUGGAAGCCAAGGACAAUGGGUCACCAGCCUUGAGUGCUGCCAUAAGAGUGAAUGUUUACAUCUCAGACCAGAAUGACAAUGCCCCGGCCAUCCUGUACCCCACCAGCCAGAAUGGCUCCGUAGCUGUGGAAGUUGUGCCCCGCCUGGCUGAUGAGGACUACCUGGUGACCAAAGUGGUGGCAGAUGAUGAGGACAAUGCACAGAAUGCUUGGCUUUCCUAUCACCUUGCCCAUUCCUCUGACUCCACCCUGUUCCAGCUGUCACCGCACACCGGCGAGCUGCGCACCACACGCUCCAUGCGCUCCACCGACUUCCUCAAGCACAAAGUGGUCGUGGUGGUGCGGGACCACGGGGAUCCACCGCUCUCCUCCACCGUCACGGUGGGCAUCCUGCUGGCUGACACCCUGCCCCAGGCACUGCCAGACUUCGAUGACAGCGGGCAGCCACCACCGCUACUCAACGCUACAAACAUCUACUUGAUCGUUUCCCUUGCCUGCGUCUCGUUCAUCUUUGCAGCUUUCAUCUUCUUCCUUGCCCUCAUCCGGCUGUGCCGGUGCCGGACUUGCUGCUGCAAUGGCUGCUGCUGCCCAUCUGAUGACUAUAAAAAGUAUUGCUACAGUGUGCACAUGCUUCCCAGCUCCCACCUGCCACCGGACAUGCUGGAGGUCACUGGCGUGGGCAAACUCACUCACACCUACUUGUACAGGGCAUCUGUAGGUCUUGGGCCUAGUAACGGCAGCAUCCCAAAUGGAGAUGCUGGGAAUGUUCCUAGUGGCUCAAGGUUACAAGUGCCAGGACCCUGCAUCCAAGUGCAGCAGGUCCAAAGUGACCGGUUGAGUGCUGUCCUCGUGAAUUCUCUCAGCCGGGCGGAGGUGGGUGGAAGCAGCGCAGGGGUGCCCGUGGAGGCUGGGCAGGGGGACGGUGCUGCAGCAAGGACGAAUCUCCGAGGGAGCAGAGGGGCAGGACUCCAAGAAAGAGGUCGUCAAACCCACUGCAGCAACACACAAACGGCACCAGACCUGGCUGGAAGCCCAUUUUUUUCCCCGAAGCUCUGCGCCGAUUUAACCCUCUCAAGCGGCUGCACUUCAGCGCUGCAGCAGCAGGUCCACAAGUGA